AUGAGCCCUAUCGCGGACGAACAGUCUGCAUCGGGCAGUCUGGCAAAUGCAGUGGUUGGAAAUGGAGAUUCAGCUACGAUAUCAAACGCCAAGAAUGAGAAAAGUGCCACGUCGAAUGGUGACGACGCCGAAGAAUUCCACCGUGCGAUAAUUGACUUCACCCACGCGGUUGGCCCCGCUCGCGAUCUCGCCAGUAGUUCGGCGAACAUAUUAGUUGCCACUGCAGUCACCUCAAAUAUCGUGAGUGCUGUCAUCAGCAUCGUGACAACCAGCACAUCUGCGGUAUCGACCGCCACCUCUGGAGUCGCAGCUUCAAACGGCAUCUUGAAUGUCAUCGGUGGGGGUGCUGCAAGAUUGCGAGCGCCCGUCGUCGACCUGACUGGGAUCUUCAUGAUGCUCAACUACCUGCAGUUCCUUUCGUCAAGCAGCCACCUCAGUCUCCCCACAGCGCCAGACUUCUUCUUCCACUUCACGGACUCGUUCGGCUGGUGUAACUUCCAGCCGACAGCAGCUGCACCACCACCACCUCCCACUGGAGACACCGACGAAGGCAAGCAGAAACUCUCGAGUGAAGACGCCUCCAAUUUCACGGUCGCGGAUGGGGACAUCAUUUCGGGCGUGCUUGCAUACGCAGAGCGAAUCAACGUCAAACCGGAAGAGCUCUUCACCAAAACUGCGAUCGUCUUCGUGAGCGUCGUCGGUGGAGUUGCAGCGGUUGUGGCGACACUGUAUUCGCUACUGCGUCUCCUGCUCCGUCGAAAACUUGAGCUUCUAAUCCAGCGACUGGACGACUUGCCACGGGCCAAACUUUUGAUGAGGUUGUUGAUCCAGUCAUGCUUGUCCAUUUGUCUGCUGAGUGAAUACGCCUUGAGCAUGACGAGCUCGUUCCAGAUGCGAUACAACGAGCAGCAACACCAUGGAAGUCACAGUGCGUUCGCGUUUGCCACCGUUGCGCUCAUCGUGGUCUGCUGUGGAUUGAUUGUUCUGGGCGUCGUGAAGAUCUGGGAUAAAACUGAAAAGGAGCUCUCAAACGCCGACUUCAAAUUCGCGUGGGGGGCGUACUACAAGUACUACCAUUUCAAGAACCGAUACUUCUUCGUGGCGAAAAUGGGUGCUGAGAUCCUCUCCGGCGUUAUCAUUGGGCUUGUGAGCGAUGUGCCGUCUCAAUUGACACUGUUGAUGUCGCUGCAGCUCGCCAUGUUCCUGUACACCGUUGAAAGCGCGCCGUACUCGAUGGAGUUCCAGACUGUUUGCUCCUCCAUUGCAUUCGUGAUGAAAAUGGUCACGUACGCGCUUAUAAGCUCCUUCCUCACGCCUUCAACGGAUGAGAGCUUGCAGGAUUUCGUUGGUACUCUCGUGAUCAUCUUGCAAGUGAUGCUGCUAGUGCUCUUCAACUCCCGGCAACUGUACAUCCUGUACAAACAAACGAAAUACCUCUGGGAGUUACGGCAAGAUCGUCUGCAACGCAAGAAAGAGAUGGAGGAGAGAAAAGUUGAUGCAAUGGUCAUUAGGGACUCGGUUUUCGCCCUCACACCCGCACCUGCUGUACAAGUCGCUGGAGUACAGGAAGGCAAAUGCAACUCGAUGGUCGCCACGCCGACUCGGUUUCCCGUGGCUGCAGGUUGA